AUGCCCGCCCCCGGGGCGCGGCUGCCUUGGAGGCCGCGGCUGGCCGGGGCCGGCAGCCCUUCCUUCCGGGGCGUCGCACAAAGGCCCGGCCCGGCGCGGCCUGGCGCUGAUUCACGGCGGCGGCCGCUCCCGGCGCCGAUACGCCGGCGCUGUCACCCGCACGCCACAUCUGGACACAGCCUGGCCCGCAAGUCGCCGCGCCCUCCCUCUGCGACUCCUCCGCGCCACGCCGGCGCCAAACAAUUACAGGACGGGCCCGUGCAGUGUUUGCCGCUGCGGCGUCAGGCGGGCGGCGAAUUAGCGGAGGUACACAAGGGCCGGCCGGGGGCAGCUGCCUGGCCGCAGCUGAGCGGUCGCAGGCGGCCCUCGGGGGCAAACACCGCCGGCGGCUGUCACGCCGGCUCCUCGCAGCACGUGCUCCGCCGCUUGCCAGGUAUCGCCGUGUUCCAGCAGUUCCCUGGAUAUCAUCAAGCCAUCUCUUCUGGGUUCUUCCAGUGUGGCAGCGCCUCUACGCACGUCAAUAGCGGCCUGCGCUCGCAGCGAAGUAGGCAGAAGGUGGGGGCGACGGAACCCACCAACUUCCCUCCCGACACGGCCCCAUCAAUCAAGGCGGGGUCGACACCUUCUGCGGCGUGCCGUUUCGUACCUGACUGUCGCACUGGCAAGUGCUCUGCGGGCAGCGGCCUCCUAGCCGUGAAGAUCUGGUUCCAGAACAGGCGCAUGAAGUGGCGCAACUCCAAGGAGCGCGAGCUGCUGGCGAGCGGAGGCUCCCGCGAGCAGACGCUGCCCAACAAGAACAACCCGCACCCCGACCUCAGUGACGCCGAGCAGCAGCAGCAACAGCAGCAGCCGGGGGCCAGCAGGCCGCUCCCGGACGAGGAACUCACGCCCCCGGAAGACGACGAUGACGACGAGGAAAUCAACGUCACGUGA